AUGACACCCCAAGAACACCCAACCUGGCUGACGGCCCUCCUCACCGACACAAGACCGUCCCCAAAGCUAUUCGCCUGGUCUCCUGCAAACAUCCAGCCAAAGGUCGAUGAGGCUAUUGACAUGGGAAGUUCCAACAGCGAUGAAGAAUACGACAACGAUGACUGUGUCAUUCCAUCAGCAAACUCUGACCAGCGUAUAUAUAUCAUUGGUCCUGGCAAUAUUGGCCGACUAUAUGCCACUCACAUGGCUCGCCAUCCCAAUGCCCUUCCCAUCACGCUCGUCGUUCAUCGAAAGGAACUGCUAUCACAGUGGGCAGCAUCUCAAGGUGUAGGUCUCGCAGAUUCAACCAGCGGCAAACUCUUCCUCAACAAACGCUUCACCGUCGAAUGGUGGACCGAAACAAGACCUCAUUACGGCCCAGUCAAAGAAGUUGCAGAUGGGAGGAAGCUUCACAACGUCUUCAUCUCCACAAAGGCAGAAGCUGGACUAUCCGAAGCAGACCGUAUUCGCCAGUACCUUGGUCGAUGCAGCUCAGUUAUCUUUGCUCAGAACGGCGUCUGCAAACUCUGGCCUCCCCACGGUCCUUUAUACAUCUCUCAUCGAUACCCAACCGGUGAUACCCCAACAUUCUCCGCUUGUGUCGUGAGUCAUGGGGUUGCAUCAGCAGGUCCUUUCUUGAGCAUCCAUGCGGCUCUCGCUGACGCAUACAUCGGGCCUGUGUUCUGGACAUCUGAUCCCAAAUCGCCGGGCAGGCAUCCAUUGGAUGACUUCUUUAUUCGGCAUAUUGCCUCGACACCGCUUGUGAACACAAAGGAGGUGUCUUCGGGUGAGAUUUGGCUCCUUCAGUUGGAGAAGUUGGUCAUGAAUGCGGCGAUCAACCCGCUUACGGCUUUACUGCGCUGCAAGACAGGAGAAUUGUUUGCAUCCUAUAUCCCUGAUGAUCCUUUGAGGCGGGUGAUCGACAAGCUCCUCUGGCAAGCAAGUGCUGUUAUCCAAGGACUUAUUAACCACGAAACGAGUCGCAGUAUUAUCACGUCCUACGCUGAACAGACAUCACGACUUGGGACGAGCUCCAGCGUCCACAAGGUCCGAUGGAAGUUGAUGGAAAGGUUUUCACAGCCAAUCUUGGAAGCAAAGCUAUACACAUUUGGUCUCAAGAUAUUUGAACAUCGCAGUUCUAUGCUACAGGAUAUAGAAGCCGGAAGGAAGACAGAAAUACGAGACUUUAACGGUUGGAUUGUAGACAUGGCUUGUUUCUUAGGCACAGAUCUUGAUGUUAGCGUGCACAGAGGCUUAAUUGCGUUAGUUGAGCGCUGUGAGAGCUUGGAUAAGGUGGAGUUGGGUAGGGCAUUGCUGUAA